AUGACUUCUGAAUGUGCCCCCAAAAGUGAUACUCCUGAGUCCUGUUCUGGGGCAUCAGAAUAUCCCUCUGUUUCAACCUGUUCUACUGAGAUUCCCUGCCUCCCCAGUAACAGAGGAGCAUCCAGAUGUCAAACCCCAACAUUCUUCGCCAGGUCCUGUCGGCCCACAAGUCGCUUAGCAACUUGCUACGUACCUGGGAGCUGUAACAUCCCUUACUUUGUGGGUAGCUGUGGUUGGUGUGAGGAAGGAGCCUUCAACAGCAAUGAGAAGGAGACCAUGCAAUUCCUGAAUGACCGCCUGGCCUGCUACCUGGACAGGGUCCGAGGCCUGGAACAAGAGAAUGCAGACCUGGAAUGCAAAAUCCGAGAGCAGUGUGAACUAGAAGUGCCUCUUGUGUGUCCAGACUAUCAGUGUUACUUCAACACAAUUGAAAAUCUCCAGCAAAAGAUCUUGUGUACCAAGGCAGAGAAUUCUAGGUUGGCCGUUCAGAUUGACAACUUCAAAUUGGCAGCAGAUGACUUUAGAUCAAAGUAUGAGACUGAACUGUCUUUUCGCCAGCUAGUAGAGAACGACAUCAGCGGCCUCCGAAAAAUCUUAGAUGAUUUGACCCUAUGCAAAUGUGACCUAGAGGCGCACGUGGAAUCUUUGAAGGAGGAUCUGCUCUGUCUCAAGAAAAAUCAUGAUGAAGAAGUCGAUUUAUUAAGGGAACAGCUUGGGGACCGACUCAAUGUAGAGCUGGACACCACCCCACCUGUUGAUCUGAACAAGGUCCUGGAUGACAUGCGGUGCCAAUAUGAAGCAGUGGUUGCUGAUAACCGCAGAGAUGUUGAGCAAUGGUUCGCCCUUCAGACAGAGGAAUUGAGUCAGCAGCAGCUGACUAGCUCCGAGGAGCUCCAGUGCUGCCAAUCGGAGAUUCUUGAGCUGAAGAGGACAGCGAAUGCUCUGGAAAUUGAACUCCAGGCACAGCAUGGUUUGAUAGAAUCUCUGGAAUGCACCAAGGAAGAAACGGAGACACAAUAUAGCACUCAGCUGGCCCAGAUGCAAUGCCUGAUUGAUAACGUGGAGUCCCAGCUAGCUGACAUACGUUGUGACCUAGAGAGGCAGAACCAAGAAUAUCAGGUCCUCCUGGACAUGAAGGCACUGCUUGAGUGUGAGAUCACCACCUAUCGAAGCCUGCUGGAGAGUGAAGACUGCAAACUUCCCUGCCAUCCAUGUUCCUCAUCCUCUACCUCUGGCAACACCUGUGAACCCUGCACAGCCUGCUUGAUUUGUACAGUCGAAGGAUGCCGAGUCUGA